UUUUUUUUUUUGAAAGGCGAAAUAAAAACGAAAGGGCAACCAAGACACAACAAGCAAACCAAACGACGCUGUGCGGUGACGUUAUUUCAGACUGAAUUGCCAAAGCAUGCUGACAGCUUGAGAAGGAGGGCCCUGAGAGCCGGCAAGCAGCCCGUCCCGGCGCUGUGACCUCAUCAUGGAUAGCAAGUCCCCCAUGGUGGUCCUCCGGCAGGACGGGGGCACCCCAGCGACCCCUUCCCCGGCCGCCCCGCCCGCCUUCUUCGUCAUCCUGAAGCCUGGGCAGCCCGGAGACAAGAACAAAGAACAGCAGGGCAUCCUGGUGUCCAACCAGGACCUCAGCGCGGCUGCCGCUGCGGCCGUCCCCAAGCUCCCCCCAUCCCUCAUCGCCAUCGCCCCCGCCCCCGCGAUCGCUCCAGCACCUGCGCCCAAGCCCCUCCCUGUCCUCAAGCCUCUCAAGGCACCCCCAGCCCCCGUCACCCCCAUCAAGCCCAAGAGCUCGGAGGGGAACCUGCCGGCCGAGUGCGUCCACAAGAGCGGGGUGCGGGUGACCCUGGACAACAACAACAUGUGGAACGAGUUCUACCGCUGCCACACGGAGAUGAUCCUCACCAAGCAGGGCCGCCGCAUGUUCCCUUACUGCCGCUUCCGCCUCUCCGGGCUGGAGCCCUUCCUGCGCUACAUCCUGGUCAUGGACAUCACGCCCGUGGACAGCAGCCGCUACAAGUGGAACGGGCGCCACUGGGAGGCGAACGGCAAGGCGGAGCCCCACGUGCUGGGCAGGGUGUUCAUCCACCCCGAGUCCCCUUCCUCCGGCCAUUACUGGAUGCAGCAGCCGGUCUCCUUCUACAAGCUGAAGCUGACCAACAACACGCUGGACCAGGAGGGCCACGUGAUCCUGCAUUCCAUGCACCGCUACCUGCCACGGCUGCACGUGGUGCCCGCCGACAAGGCCACCGAGGUGAUCCAGCUCAACGGGCCCGAGGUCAUGACCUUCUCCUUCACACAGAACGAGUUCUUCGCUGUCACCGCCUACCAGAACCUGCGCAUCACCCAGCUAAAGAUCGACUACAACCCCUUCGCCAAGGGCUUCCGCGAGGAUGGCCAGUGCUACCGGCCCGCCAGGGCCAAGGUGGAAGGGUUGGACUCCAAGCCUCUGUCUCUGGGAGGAGAGGGCAGGGCGGGAGGGAAGCCCGUGCAGACCUCCCUCAAGGCUCUGUUUGGCCACGCAGAGUCCUUCGACGAGGUGAUGGACCAGGAGCUCUUCAGCAACGAGGGCUUCGAUAUCAACAUCCUGCACAGACAGAUCACCCCGGCCAAACUCAGCAUGGCUGCUUCUGCCGCUGUUAUCCUGGCUGUCGCUCUGAACUGGAAGACGACCCCCAGCGUGGCCCCCGCUGUGCAGCCGAAGGAGGAGGAGGGGCUGCUGGUGGUGAAGACAGAGCUUCCCAGUGACGACGAGUUGAAUGCUGCGGGAGAGCAUGUGGGGCGCGUCAUCGUGAAAGAGGAGGAGGAGGAGGAGGAGGACACUGACCCCAUCAAACCACACCCGGACAGUCCACUCGGCGUGGCUAAAGCCAAGCUGCUAAAACUGAAGCCCUGCAGCAACAAGACUGCACUGCAGGAAAACGACACUCCACUACCAGCAGGCAGUGACUGCCCUCCAGACAUCCCGAGCGACUCCCCCGAAAAAGAGUCCCAGACGAAGCCAGCAGCCAGACGGCUUCACCGACCCUCCCCUCAAAACAUGCUACACAAGCUGUCCCUCUCCCUACAGAGAGCCCGGAGCAAGCAGAGACCCAUCGCCCCGAGACCCCCUCCCGACCCGGCCCCUGUGUUUGCACUCCCGUCGGGGCUCCCCGUGAGCAGCAAGGCAGCGGCGGCGCCAAGCCCCCUGCCCUCCUUGAAGAAGCGGCGCCAGCGCAAGGUGCGGUUCGGCAAGACAGGCAAGGCAUCUCGCAAGACUGCCAUGGCCCUGGGCCCCGCCGACACCAGCAUGCAGCCUGACCUGGAGGAUGUGGAGGGGGUCCUGUUCGUCUCCUUCGCGCGCAAGGAUGUGCUGGAUCUUCACCUCGGGGACCAGCCUCAAAGGGGAGAGCCCCAGCCUCCCCCAGAGACCACGCGGCCUCCGGAGACGGAAGAGGCUCCUGAGAGUGUCCCGGAGCAGAUCUCCCGGCUGGAGAGGAAGCUGCUGGUUGAUCUGAGGAGACUCCGACACAGACAAGUGAUCCACCCCGUCCUGCAGGAAGUUGGGAUGAAGCUGAACUCGGUUGACCGCCGGAUGGACAUUGACCUGAAGUACCUGGGGGUGAGACUGCCCCUGCCCCCUCCGGUGACGUGCCCUGGAGGAGAGGGGGGGUCUGCUUCCCAAAACACCUCACCAGAUGUGGUCGUCCCCUUUGUUUCCCGAACUGGGAAAACGAACGACUUCACCAAAAUCAAAGGCUGGAGAGAGAAGUUCAGUGUGAAAUCAGAGGCUGCCCCUUCCAAACCUGAGGGUGGCGCAGUGCCCUCGGAGAGCGCCCUGAAGAACCGCUCUGCGUUCUGCAGCGACGCGCUGGACGAGUAUCUGGAGGCCGAGGGCAAGCUGAUCGACCAGCGAGCCGCCAGCUUCUCCCCCAGCGCAGCCUGCGCACCUGUCGCCUACCAGCUCCCCACCAAGAGCACCAGCUACGUGCGCACCCUGGACAGCGUGCUGAAGAAGCAGGCUCCCCCCUACACAGCACCCCGCCCCAGCCCAGCCAGCAAACCCACCCCCGCCACCCCCAGGAAACACAAACAGGCCCCAAAACACAAGACCCCCAGCACAGCCGGCAAAACCAAGCCCGGCAAACCAGCGCUCCCCGUUCCUCGUCCUGUUCACCCUGCCGCCAGGCACAAGCCCUCACCCAAGCCUGCAGCCAAGUCCAAACCGCUCCCCCUUUCCUCCCUGCUGAUCACCCCUCCUCCUCCACCUCCCCUGCCCCCCUCCCUGGGUGAGGUCUACCAGCUGGGUGCGCUGCCGGACAGCGUGCCGCUGAAGCAGGAUGGUUUGGGGCGCGGGCCCGGCUCCUCAAACAGCCGUGCGCAGGGCCUGUCCAAGAACAUGCUGAAACUCAUGGACCUGGAGGACGGGGCGCUGUGGGAGGGCAGACCGCGCACCUUCAUUACUGAGGAGAGGGCAGAGGUGGCUCUGAGCUCCCUGCUCACCGCACAGGGCACCCUGAAGGGAAAGCCUCUGGGUAAGAUGGUCACGCGCCGGGCGCCCCCCUGCCUCAAUGAUUUCUGCAGGCUGGGCUGUGUGUGCUCCAGCCUGUUCCAGGAGCGCCGCCUCCCCACUCACUGCUGCAAGCCCGGCUGCAUGUUCGGCUGCACUUGCCUGAAGCGCAAGGUGCUGCUGGUGAAGGCAGCCGAGCCCAAGCGCAAGAAGCAGCGCAAGGCAGAGGAGCGGGCUGACCUCAUCUUCUACAGCGCGCUGGGAGAGGGGGAGGGGGGAGAGGAGCCGGUCCGCAGCAAGCACAAGAAGAAGAGGAAGAGGAGGAGGAGGAGGAUUGAGUACACUAUCUCUGAGCCUGAGGCAGAGUCACAGCCAGCAGCCCCCCGCGUGUUGAAGCUGUGGACCCCCGUGGCUGGCGAGAUCGACCCCGAGCCCAUCUUCAUCCCCACCCCCUCCGCUUGCGUGCCCCCCCACUCCCCGCCUCGCUCCCCCCAUUCUGGCAAGGGCAGCGGCAAGGGAUACACCUGCAGGCCCAGCUCAGCGAUCCGGGAUGAGGACAAGGGCCCGGUGUACCUGUACUUCGAGAGUAUGAUGACCUGUGCGAGGGUGCGAGGGUUUGACCGUGCACACAAGGAGAACACACCCUGCGGAUUAAAGACUGAGAGGGAGGAGGAUCCAAACCACAUGUUUUUGUCUGCACGACAGGGCAAGAGUGUGAAGGAGUGCCGGCAGCAGCAGGGAGGUGGAGGGUCCUCGGAGGAGCCCACCAAGCUGAUCGAGAUCGUCGCGGAGUGCGACUGGGAGCAUAGCCGCAGCAAGAUCCUCAACGCACUGUCCCGCCGCGUCAACCAGGGAGACCUGGCCCAGCCCUUCAGCACUGAGGGCUUCCUCGUGGAGCUGGAGUCCCAGAGCAAGAGGAGGGAGGGGGGCAAGCUGGUCAUCGCAUCCAGGGUGCGCGUCUCCCAGCCCGGCCCCCGAGAGGAGGAGGAGGAGGAGGAGGAGGAAGAGAGGGAGUGGGGCAGGGUGCCCAGGGAGAAGGAGGUGUUCAUGAUGUCGAGCAGCGAGGGUCUGGAGACAGUGAGCAGGAAGAAGGCUGGCGUGAAGGGGCUGCCGUUCUACACAGGGGUCUCUCCUGCGGGACUCCUCACCGCCAACAAGAAGCACAGCGGCUCCUCCACACAGGAUCUCGUCAAGGUCAACGGCAAAUCGUAUCCUCAAGCCAAGCUCUUGCUCGGCCAGAUGGGGGCGCUGCACCCAGCCAACCGGCUGGCAGCCUACAUUACGGGCCGGCUGCGCCCCACUUCGCUCGAACUGUCCCAUGUGACCUCCACCCUCAGCAAGAAAGCCAGAUCCGGGAAGGAGCCGCAGCCGGCAAGCAAGGAGGCGGACAAGAGAGCGUCUAGGGGCGGCCAGGCCUCCUCCCCUGUCACGCCCCCCAGAGCUGAGGCAUCCGCGGCCCCCAGCAUCAGCACCACAGCCCCCAGCAUCGGCACCGCGGACCCCAGCAUCAGCACGGGCAGCGCUCUGACCGUCGGCAAGUUGGGGAUGGCCACUCUGGUAACCAAGCCCUCUGUGGGGAAUGUCUUCACCCAGUUCGUGGUGAACAAGACGGGUUCCCUGCAGCAAAGCCCGCCGGGGCUGAGCCCCCCACACCCGCAGACAGUCCCGUCGGUGGUGAUGAGACCGGCGCUGCCGGCUCGGGGGAGCGAUCAGGGCGCCGAGGUCCCGCCGACCGUGUCCAGUAGCAGCACUCCCAGCAGCUCAGACGAGGGUCCUCGGCUGGCCUCCGCCCCUGCCGCUGUGGCCCCUGGGAUAGCCCUGCCGGACCGGCGGCCUGGAACCCGCUUACUCCUGAUCCCCAUGCCCUCUGCCCCGCCGGUGCGGCCCCCGCAGACCCCUCUGGGGCCACAGUUCCCUCCCGGACAGAGGAUGGUCCUGCAGCCCAUCCGCACCCCCUCGGGGGCCAACCUGUUCCGCCACCCCAACGGGCAGAUCAUCCAGCUGGUGCCCCUGAACCAGCUCCGUGCCAGCCUGCAGCCCAACAUGCAGCAUGUGGUGCUACGCAACCAAGGGUCGGUGAUUCGGUUACCUGCCCCUCCACAGCCAGCAGCAGCAACAGAUCCCAGCACUGCCUUGGUCGUAUCCCCAGUCCGCAGCUCCUCCGUCGUCUCCCCAGCAUCGGGCCCCAAGGUGAUCACCACCUCCCCCACGCAGAAGCCUGUCCCUGCCCCCAGCUUCGUGAGCCAGCCUGGGACCCUCACCUUCAGGAUCUCCCCCCCGGUGGGAGCAGGCAUGACACUGACCUCUGCCAACCUGCUGCCAGCACAGACAGGCAGCUUUGCCUUGCUGCAGGUCCCCAAACCUGCCCCUGUUCCUGUUCCUGCCCCCCUCCUUACCCCUCUUACCCCCAAAACCCCCAGCUCAGUCCUGCCAGCUGCCACGGAGACAGAGAAACCAGGAAACGACAAUCCGGUGGAGGGAGAUAGUGGGAUGACUGAGGAGGAGGCGGCUUUAGGAGGAAACGAGGAGAAUGCAGAUAAAGGAGAGGAUGACCAGGGGCAGGAGCCCAAACUGACAUCCUCCCCCUCCCCUCCCGAGCCUGUGCAAGAGCAGACGGACAGCCCAGACUCUGAGUCGGAGACCUCCUUCCAGGCCGCUGCUGUGUCCAGCGACCACUCCUACACCAACGGCCUGGAACGGCAGAGAGAGUCAAAGGGGCAAAGCAGUGAGUCGGACCGGUCCUGCCUCGCUGAGCGGACUGGGGGCUCUGCUGAGCUAGAGGACCCGAGCCCCCUGCCUCUCGCUCCCUCUGCUGCCUCUCCCCCAACCCCCACUCCAAAACCACUCAGGACUCUGAUGGACCUCAAAUCCUCUCCUGUCCUCAUUCUGGGUGGCAGCUCCAAGUCUUUAGUGCCACCCGUGGCAGCCGCCAAGCCUCCUGUAGAGGUGGGACUGGACUCUGGCUCUGGUUCUAGAGGUGGUCUGGAUCCAGGGAGCGGUGGUGGUGCUGGUGGCUCUGGACCAGGCAGGCCCAACGAGUCCCGAGCUGACCCCAGCAGAGAGGCUCUGAACCUGGGGCUGGAGGAUGGAGAGGUAGAGGAGGAGGAGAAGGAGGAGGAAGAGGAUGAUAAGACAGACGACUCUGAGGACGAGUUUGAGGGACAGGACAGCGAGGAGGACAGCGAGGGAGAUGAGAUGCAGGUUAUGGACAGCGAAGCCUCUGACUCGAGUGAGGAGGAGGAGGAUGACGAAGAAGCCAUUGAUAUCGAGACGGUGGAGGAGCUGUCUGAGAAGAUCAGCAUCGCCCAGCUCAAAGCCAGCGCAGUGCAGACGAGACUCGCCAAAGAGUGCAGCCUCUUCCAGCCUAAGAUUGUCACCAAACACAGCAUGAAACGCGGGCGGCGCGUGGAGGAGGAGGAGGAGGAGCUGGUUGAGGUGGAGACCUGCUCCCGGCUCAACCACACCGCCAACGAGCGCAGGCGACGCAGCGAGAUGAGAGAGCUCUUCGACAAGAUGAAGAAAGUGCUGGGGCUGCACCGCCUGCCCAAGGCAUCCAAAUACUACAUCCUGAAGCAGGCACACAAUGAGAUCCAGGCUCUGGAGGAUCAAGCUGAUCGGCUCCAGGGGCAGAAGAACCUGCUGUCCCGCCGGAGAGCCGUGCUGGUGAAGAAGAUCGCGCAGACGUCCGGGAAGACGGAGGAGCUCAUCCUGAAGAAGCUGGAGUACAUCUCGGCCAAGCAGAAGGCGGUGGAGAUGCAGAGGAAGAAGCUGGGGAAAAGCGUGGCUGCAGGGGCCGCCCCGAGGGAGCCCCCCAGACCCCUGGCCCACGUUGAGCCCCCCGAGCCCCCCCUGAGUCUGGACAGCUCUCAUGCAGGAAGACCCCUCAUCCUGUCCCGGAAGAGAGCUCCGCACAGCAGAACUGCCGGUGUAUUGGGCUCCUCCUCAGUGUUGUCCACAGGCAGUCUCGUGGUCACUCCUGAGGGUCGUCUUGUCUCUCUGAAGCCCCCCCUGCAGACCGGCCCCCCCAUGGUGGCAGCAGAGAUCACCUCUCUCCCAGGAGUGGCGUCUGUGAUGAUCCAGCUGCCGGGUCUCACACUCCCAAUCCAAGUGAAGAACUGCAUCCCCCACCCAGUGACUGGAGCUCAGACCAGCUCACAGAGAGGAGCGCAGGCCGGAGCACAGACCGGAGCACAGAGCGAAGCGCAGGGCGGAGCACAGGUCGGAGCACAGAGCGAAGCGCAGGCCGGAGCGCAGGCCGGAGCACAGAGCGAAGCGCAGGCCGGAGCGCAGGCCGGAGCACAGAGCGAAGCGCAGGGCGGAGCGCAGGCCGGAGCACAGAGCGAAGCGCAGGCCGGAGCACAGAGCGAAGCGCAGGCCGGAGCACAGAGCGAAGCGCAGGCCAGAGCACAGAGCGAAGCGCAGGCCGGAGCACAGACCAGCGUGCAGGCCGGAGCACAGAGAGGAGCGCAGACGGGCACAGCAGCAGAGCCUGAGGAAUUCAUCAUGCCCAGGAUUGUGAAUGUCACCUCACUAGCCGUCUCAGACACAGAGAAGCAAGGAGCCCCUCCCCGACACCUGGACUCCAGCCUUGAGGGCCAGCCAGGGCCCCCGGAAGAGCCAGCAGGGGGGAAAGAGAGAGAAGCCCCCAGUUCGUCUGGUAUCCCAGUUCCUGAGGGCCCAGCAGAGCAGGGCAGUGGCCCCCUGGACAAAAGCAGGAGCUGCCUGGAAGAGGACAGGGAAAGAGGGAAGGGAGUGGCAGGAGAGGAGCCUGCUUCCCCUGGUCCUACAGCAGAGGGAGAGGAAGAGACCAGGGAAAGAGAUCAGAAGGAUGGAGGGGACCCUGCUGGGGAUCCAGGUUCGAGUCAGGAGGAGGAGGAUGAAGACCCUGAGGAUGACCGGCUGACCUCCCUCCUGAACGAAAUCGUCUUUCUGAACCAGCAGCACGGCAGCGACACGCAGACGCAGUUCACACAGUGCAGGGAGAGGGAGGAUAACGGCUCUGCAGGGGGGGUUGCCCACGCUGUCAGCCCCCUCUUCCUGCAGCUGGCUGAUGAGCUGCUGGACCCUCCCUGCACCGAGAGCAUCGAUUCGGACAGACAGCAGGGGGCGCCAGGAGAGGGCGACUUUGUCAAAAUAGUGUUGGGCUCAGAAUUCGUGGACUCCGUCUCUGGAGCCAGCAGCAGCAUAGGGGUGACUAACGGGACCGGCCAGCAGGGUGGCGGACUGACCCCUCCACCCUUGCUGCAGCACAUGAGACUGGGCAGCAGCACCUCCCCCUCCGCCCACCCUGCCUCCACCCAGCACACUCCCACGGACAGUGAGGACUGGAGACCCAUGCCCAAGCUAGCUCCCCUCGGACUGAAAUCAGGGCUCAAUCAGAACCCCCCCGUCUCCUCCCCACUCCACCUCAACACUCUACACUAAAGCCAUGCCCCUGCUGGCCCCUGCCUCUCCCAGGGAAGGGCAGAGCAGCAGGAGCGCCCCCUUACUCAGUCAAGCAGAGAACAAUAAGAAUUACAAUAAUCAGGGAGUGUACUUGUAUAGAUGACUUGUUAAUAUGUACUUAUUUAUAGUCUUUUUGUCCAGAAUAACUGCCGGACGUGCCUUUUUGAAAUAGCAAAGGCUUUGGUUUCCUUUCUUUUUUUUUUGCCUGGGGUAAGAGAAGGGGCAGGUUGCGUUGGGGAAGGUGGGGUUGUUUUAAAAUGCUGCACCCAUGUAUAGGGUUUAGUGGUUAUUGCUGGGGGCAUGUUUGAAAUGAAAGCAAUGUCUCAGAACAGCAGCCAGCAUUGUGCCGCCGCGUAUGUUUUGAAACAGCAGCGUACUUCCACAGAGGAGUCUGUUUGGGGGCGGGGCAGCCCCUCUGAGCAUGCUCCCAGGCAUGCACCCGGGUCAUUCCCAGCAGUACUCUGGGCAAAGAGGUCAGGAGAUAACAGCCCACCACAGCAUCUUCAUUUGAGAAGUUUGGGAAGAGCGACACAUUGGUUGCUUUAAGAGUAUUGAGUGGAGUUCUCUUUCCUAGGCCUGUCUGCAGUCUUCACAGUUCAUGCUGCAGUAGUAAACAGAGUCCCCAUUCUCCUGCUCCUAGUGCUGGAAUAUUUAAAGCAGUUUCUCUUUCACCCCAAAACAAAUGCAGUCAGUUCUGAGCAGUUAGCUCUGUGUUGUUGUGGGACUUCUACUGAAUUGAUUGAAGUGAUUCAUAAUGAAAAGUAAUGCUGGUGAUGAUGGCUGAUCAGAGUUUAUAUAUGCAGGCUGUCAUUUUGUAUAGCUGUUUCUCAUGUGUAUAUUUUGAAUGAGAGGCUUGUCAAUGUGUAUCUGUCUCUGCAUCAAUAGUGCUGAAUUUAGAAAUGCAAAAAAAUAAAAACUCAGUGAGACGUUUCAACUAGAUUUUUUUUUUGGUUAAUCAGUACAUCCUGGUAAUUCCCUGCUAGUGUGUACAAACAUACUGUCUUUGUGUUGUAGGAAGAAAUGUAAAUGCCUCCGUUCUUUCUUUAUUUUUUGUAAUAAAUGAGGCUGCACUUUUGAAAGACACGGCAGUUUUGCUGUUCGUGCCUGUUUUUCUGAGCAGAGACGAAGACACUAUUUUUUUAAAGAUAUCUAUUGCUUCCACACUGUGAUCUCCUUUCUGUAGAGGACGACAGGAGACGUUGGCCUUCAAAUAAAAUAAAUACAAAGCCGUUCUUGACGUGUGUGUGUGUGGUGUGGGGGUAAUGUUCUGUCAAGUUGUUCAGGAAUUCAUCUUUGUUUUGAAUCACGUUUUAGGUUGAAAUAAUUACACGUGUGCAAGAAUUUGCCAUUGGCACCACAACUGGGAAAUGACAAACUCCCCAAAAUGUCACCACUGAGAUUGUGUUCCUUUAUUGUCAUCCGUAACUAGAAAACGCUUCACGGUGCUGGAUUCAGAAAUACGAAAGGAAACGGAUUAAACGGUUUUCAGUUUUUCACAACGUCUUCAUCGUCUUGUUUGUUAACAGUGUGUUCAUGUGGAAUUGACCUGUUCUAGCAUUAAUUAUAGCAGUGGUGUCCACCUCCAGUGCUGACAUUUCUACCUGCCCCCUGCGGAGAUGCACCCUCCCUGGAGUGCGCUCAGCUGGCCAGUGACCUGUGAACGAGUCCCGCUGAUAUUUCAGUUGAUUGCCUUGAAGUGAUGAUCGGGAUGAGCUCUGUCUCUUGCGGCUCGACUGUGCGUCACAGACACGGUGCAGGGUGUUGGGAUAUAAGGGGACUCUGGUUCUGGAAUCAGUGCUUCUGGGGACCCAAGAACACACAGAACCGCUCUGCACCGACUGCAUGCUCAAGGUCCUCUGCUCCACACCUUCACCCUCCUCUCAGAUCUCCAUCUCUGACACCAGGCUGCAGUCCUCUGCUUAGACCACAGGUAUCCAAGACUGGCCCUUCCACUCCUGGUCUUUGUUUCAGCCCUGUUCUAAAUGGUUUAAUUGAACCAGUUACCUCCAUCCAGACCCCAAGGUAGUUAAUUAUCUCAUUGUACCUGUUGAACCAGGAGUGGAAUUGCGCUCUGUGACCGUGAUUAGACACCCCUGCCUCGGA